AUUCACGCUUGAUAUGAUGAGGAUCCGCUGCCCGAUUUUUCUUUGACUUCUCAUCGUUAGAGCAUUUGAUUUCCGUUAGCGCUGGACAUCAGUCUUCAGACUUCUGAGUGUAUUCUGCCGCCAGUGGAAAGGACGCAACUGAAAAUCGUGAAAGACAACUAGACAAGUGCGCCAGCAUUUAGAGAAGCGCGCCGUGUAGGAAGCAUCUCCAUUAUGUCCCAAGAAAUAGAAUCCGCGGACAUUGUCCGUCUCGUAUUACAAUUUUUAAAGGAGAAUAAUCUGAUGAGGACCUAUCAAACUCUCCAGGACGAAACCAGUAUUAGUUUAAACACCGUGGAGAGUAUCGAGUCUUUCGUUACGGAAAUCCAUCAGGGACACUGGGAUACCGUGUUGAAAGUUGUGCAACCAUUGAAGUUGCCUGACAAGAAGCUUAUGGAUUUAUACGAGCAGAUUGUAAUUGAGCUGAUAGAAAUGCGAGAACUUGGUGCUGCCCGUUCCCUGCUCCGUCAAACGGAGCCCAUGUUGAAGCUAAAAGAUCUUGAUCCAGACCGCUAUAUGCGACUGGAAAAUGUCUUGGGAAGAAAUUAUUUUGAUCCAAAAGAGGUUUAUCCGGAAGGUGGAAGUAAGGAUAAGCGGAGAGCAGCUAUUGCGCAGUCGCUUGCCGGAGAAGUCUCGGUCGUUCCACCAGCCCGUCUCUUAACGCUUCUGGGUCAGGCUUUGAAAUGGCAGCAAGUUCAGGGACUUCUUCCGCCAGGUGUCCAGUUAGAUUUAUUUCGGGGAAAAGCUGCUGUUCGGGAACAAGAGGAGGAAACAUACCCUACGCAGCUGUUUAAAGCCAUUAAGUUGGGAAGCAAGUCUUAUGCCGAAUGCAUCAAGUUUUCUCCGGAUGGAAUGUGUAUUGCUACAGGAAGUUUUGACGGUAUUAUUGAAAUUUGGAACUAUCUCACUGGUAAACUCCGGAAGGAUCUCAAGUAUCAAGCUAACGACGCACCGAUGAUGAUGGAUGCAACCGUACUAGCACUGGCAUUCAGUCGCGACAUGGAGAUGCUUGCUAGUGGAGACAAAAAUGGAAAAAUAUUUAUCUGGAAAGUUCAAACUGGACAGACCAUUCGAAAAUUCGAUGCGGCGCAUUCCAAAGGUGUCACUAGCCUGGAAUUCAGUCGGGAUAAUACCCAGAUCCUUUCCGGUUCCUUCGAUCAUACAAUGAGAAUCCACGGGAUGAAAUCCGGCAAGAUAUUGAAAGAAUUCAGGGGUCACACGAGUUUUGUUAACGACGUACAUUUCACCAUUGAUGGCCACCAUGCCAUCAGUGGAAGCUCUGAUGGAUCGAUCCGUGUAUGGUCAGCACGAACGGGGGAAUGCCAGCACACCUUUAAGCCGCUGACAAAUUUGGCCAUCGAAGUUCCCAUUAACAGUAUUCACCUGAAUCCCAAAAAUACUGAACAAAUCAUAGUCUGCAAUCGCGCCAACACGUUAACCAUCAUGAAUCUGCAGGGCCAGAUAAUACGAACACUGACUAGUGGUAAGCGAGACAAGGGUGAUUUUGUUUGCGCUGUCCUUUCCCCUCGAGGAGACUGGAUUUAUGCAGUGGCAGAGGACGGUGUGAUGUACUGUUUCAAUGCCUUAACCGAAAAACUGGAACGAACAUUAACGGUCCAUGAUAAGGAAGUUAUUGGUGUAUGCCACCAUCCGUUCCAGAAUGUAAUGUGCACAUAUAGCGCCGAUGGAAUUAUUAAAUUAUGGCGUCCUUGAGAUUUUGUGGUUGUUGUUUAUUGUUGGGGUGGAUGUAUUGUUAUUUUUAUUUUAUUUUGUACGAGUAAUAUGCCGUUAACAGUAAGAAAUUCUCAGUGUGGAUUUCACACUGUCAUUGAAAACCCGAACCAG